UUUAGCACUAUGUGAUUGCUGUGAAAAUGGCACCAUCUGGUACCUUUAUGCAGAUACGCGACCUGUACUUACAGAAGAGACAAAUAGGCCAACGCCUUAAACGUGAAGUGUUUAACUUUGCGUGUGAAACCUUCAUAGUUAUUGUCGAUGGCAUUGAGUGGGUUGCUACAGUGCCAAGGCGCAGCAAGCCAGACGAUCUCGUAUCAAUGAGAUUCUCGGCUGGCAAUGAGGUGGAGAGGACGCUUGUCGGAAUGCUUGGUAGUGGUGCCAAGGAGGAGAGCCUGAAGAGGUACAUCCGUAGCCUCCCUGAGCACAGCAGCAGGUUGUGUACCAUGCCAGGGGUCCCUGCACGCAGCACGGCUUUGUCUGAGCAUGCCACUUCAAGCUUUGCGCUUCACCUCUGUGCCGCCAGUGUCAUCACAUCACAGGCAGCCAGCGCGGCUGACAGGACCAUGACAACGGGGAAUGAAGAAGCUUUGAAGGCUGGUGAGGAGGUGGUGACCUCCGGGGGAGCUGAGGGAGGUGAUGCUGCCAUGGUGGACCCGGUGAAGCAUGGCGGCACUGGUGAUGCUGGCGAGUAUGGGGUGUCCGAGGAUGGCACAGAGGUCUCUGGUGCUGGCCAGAGCAAUGGGCUGGCCCCUUCAGAAGCAGGCGAACAGUCAGAGGAGCUGGUUCAUCGAGGCUUUGGUGUGUGCAACGAGACCAGGAAGAGAAAGCGGGCCCCAAACAUGACCCGGCUGGUGGCGGAUGAUGAGGAGCAGCAACGGGAGAUGGACAGGGGACACAAUGAUACAGAUGAUGCCAUUCCACGGUAUCCAUGCAUGGCAGGACAGCAGGAGGAGGACACCCGUGGCGGACGAGCUGCUAUGCCCAGCCCACGGUUUCCGUGCACGGUAAGACAGCAGGAGGGGGGCGCCUCUGCUACUGUGCAGCUGCCACCGCCGGCGCCUGAGGAUGCCCGUGGUGGUGAGGCGGCUGCUUUGCCAUCCCCGUCAGCUGCAGGACCAGCAGCCAUGCCCAGCCCACGGUUUCCGUGCACGGUAAGACAGCAGGAGGGGGGCGCCUCUGCUACUGUGCAGCUGCCACCGCCGGCGCCUGAGGAUGACCGUGGUGGUCCAAGGAAAUCAGGCAUCAUGUUCAUCUGUGACAUCACAGACGGCAAGGCUUACAUCGUCAUGAAGGAAUCUGAACAAGGCGGACAGCCUCCCCUGCGUGACACGGACAUCCUCCUCGGUGUCUUCACUGAUGGAGUCCAGACAUACAAGGAUGAUGCUAGUUACAGUCUGUACCCCGUUGCCAUCACAGCAUACAAUUUCAGCCCAGACAUAAGGUACACCCAUGGUGCGACAACGGUCCUUGGCAUCCUGCCAGGUUCACGAAAGAAGGACGAGGGGGAGAGGCCGCGUGUUGGGUGCAUGUUGAAGCUCCUGUCCAGGGAGCUGGAAAGCCUGGCAGAGUGCGGGGUGGAUACUUUCGAUGCACACACGGAGUCCUACAUCAGUGUCAGGGUUAGACUUCUCACGGCCGGUGGGGAUUACCGGGCCAUCGAGGACAUGCUGCGAAUGUCAGGGGUGCCACGAGUAAAACAUGGCUGCUAUAAGUGCUGGACAGCUGGCAGCAAGGGUGUCCACACCCUACAAACACGGAGGGGGGUUAAGAAACUUAGGAGAAUGCUUAAGAACGAUAAGAACGACGGAAGAACAUGGAGGAGGCGGGUGUGCAUUCUUAAACAUUCUUACACUGGUAUUAAGCGGUUUUAU